AAUACAUUAGCCAACAAAAACAACUUAUAAAUACUUGUCCCAUCGUAUUUUUUUUCACCUUGUCUUCCAUUCUUCAUUCCAAGAAAUUGCAGCUUCACAAUAUAGAACCUGUACCCGUGAAGAAUGGGAGGCGGUAAGAAUAAAGGCCAAUUUGGUUAUCCAGGACAAUAUCCUCCACAACCUGGAGCUUACCCUCCACAAGGCUAUCCUCCUCAAGGGUAUCCACCCGCUCAAGGAUACCCACUUGCUCAAGGAUAUCCUCCGCAAGGAUAUCCACCAGCCAGUUAUCCUCCUGCACAAGGAUAUCCACCGGCUGGUGGCUAUCCUCCACAAGCGUAUCCCCCAGCCGGUGGAUAUCCUCCACAAGGUUAUCCCCCGGCUGGUGCAUAUCCUCCACAAGGAUAUGCUCCAGCAGGUUACCCUCCGCACCAAGCAGGGCAUGGAAACAUGGGAUUGGUAGCUGGAAGCAUGGCAGCCGCGGCGGCUGCCUAUGGUGCAGCACAUGGUGCUGCAAGUCAUGGACGCGGCGGUUAUUAUGGUCAUGGAAAAUACAAGCAGGGCAAAUAUAAGGGUGGCAAGAAGUUUGGCAAGAAAUUUGGAAAGAAAUUCAAGAAGUGGAAAUAAGCUAGAAUUUCAGGUUUUGUGUAUAUCAUCCUGAUUUUGCUAUUUACUGUAGAUAAAUUCUUGUACUAUUUUCCGAAUUAUGAGUAGUACAUUAUUGGCCUUGGAGCUGUCUGUUAUGGAGGAGAAUUUGAAAUUUGACUCAUUUUUCUUUGAGGUAUAUUACGAUUAGUAAAGUGAUCAAA